UAUGCACAGUGUCAUAUCAAAGUGACAUGUGUCUGAUUAAAGAUGGUAUUGGAUUUAUCGUGCAAUGACAGAUUUAAACCAAGAUUACUGUAGCACUCCCAUCAUUCAGAACAACUACUGGAUCAGGUGAACAUUUAAGCGAAAUUUUACACCCCUUUUCGACCACAAUUACGAUAUUAUUUAGAAUGUGAAGAUCUCGCAGUGAAGGUAUACCCACCAUGGGAAGAAGAGCAGGUUAAGGAGGAACUUUGACUCGAGAUUGCUGACUCUUGUGAUGAGAACAUUUAAAUCACUGACAAUAUUUGGUCAGUAUUUCUGCCAAUAUUACUACGGGAACUGGUCUGAAGAUCAAACCCACUGAAGUGAAAUGUCGAGCAACAUGAAUGUGGAUAACCUAAAGUAGUCGGAGGGUUAUAGACAUGUGUAUGGACUGGAACAUCUUGUUUUGAGGAUUGCAGUUUGGUGUCGUGAAAUGAGCAUAUAUUGUAUUGAUGUUAACAGUUCUUACAAAUGGUAUUGAUGUGAGAACUAGUCAGUGCAAAAAAGAAGCUUUUACUCGAAACAACAUGAACCUAAUUUAGUGAAAAUUCUAUACUGGUAUGGACAUAGUAAUAUUUCUGGAUUGAUUAACGAGUUUAACUUACUAUGUAAGUAAUAGACGACGGGGAUGAAUAAUAAAUGACAUUUAUUUACCUGUUGAUCCUAAUGAUGUGUCUCAUUUAAAGUGCGUCCUAUACGAUGUAUUUAUUGAUAGAUAAACCAUCGGCGACUCGGAAACGUUUAUGAUCAAAUUUAAAUUACACCUGUGAUUUAUACGUGUGGAGAAACGCUAUUCACGGUAAAUGAAUACUAGACUUUCAUACGGUUCAUAUCAACCGUAACUCGUCCAGGUAUUAUCAACAACAUGGACACUUGUGGUACGGUUUUGUAAGUAUUUUACUACAAUGACAUGCCUGUGUAUUGUUAGGCGAUCGUCCAUAAACGUUCUGUAAUUGUACCAGGUACCUACCGUGUGUUUGUAUGUGUGUGUAUGAGUGAAAACUAGUAUAUCGUGCUCCUCUACAAGGACACGAUCUUUACUAUACAUAAACAAGUUCUGCUUCUCGUGUUAACUUCAGCAUGUAAUGAAAUCGUGGCUAUAUUUAGGAUAUAUUGUAUGUAAAAAGACAACAGACAUUUUGUCGAUGGAUGUGCCUGGAUAAUACACAUAAUUAGGUAAAGUUUCAAACGUUCGAAGGAUUUUGUUUGUAUACAUUCAUGACCCCGAGAGUUUGACCAAUUUCACGCUGUGAUUUCAGAUCGAGAGGAAAAUGUAUUGUACUGUGUUGAAUUGAAUUUCGAGUGAUGUAGUAAUUUACUGAUACAAAUGAAGGAGGAAUAAUAUUGGAAACAGGCAACAUUGACAAAAUGCAACUAAAGGUGUGUCGACAGUACAGGUGUGAAAUAGCCACAUUCGAAUAAAGCAAUAUUUUGGGAAACAGCAACAACAGUGCAGACAUAGAUGCAAUAUAAAUCGUGUAAAGAAACACUUCGUCAACAACAAUAUUGAUAAAAACAAACAGAAAGAAGAAGAGGAAGAACAACAGCAAGAGCAGUAAAAAUAAGAACAGCAACAACAACAGUAACAACAGAAACAUCCCCAUCACCAUUUGAUAGAUAUCUGCAGCAGUAUCACAAUAGUUUAAAAGUCAUCAGCUACAGCAGGAGCUGUAACUAAUACAGUGAUACAGUAUGUACAGAGGCUGUUUAUAAGUAAAUCUGGGACAACACUUGGGAGUAAACAGUUACAUCGGCUGUACACCUGUGUGACUUUGGACAGCGACGUACCAUGUGUCAGACGUGUGUAAAUAUGGUGGACAUGGAUGUUCCACCCUGGCUCUGGGACCCGGGGGUCACAUGGUGUAGGAGGAAGUACUACCUCGCCCAGAACGGUCGGGGGUCGGGGCAGUCAUGCACGAAUUCAGAAAUGGCCGAGAAGAAGUUCAUCGAUGAGGUAUUGGAAGCCCAUAACAUUUACCGGGCUAAACACAACUGUCCCCCCGUCGAACACGCCAAGGACCUUACCGACGCCGCUCAGCGUUGGGCUGACCACCUAGCGAAGACCAACGGGUUUGCACACAGCGAUUGCGACCUCAAUGGGACUAGAAUGGGAGAGAACAUCGCGAUGAAAUGGACGUCGGGACCCGAUAAUUACACAGGUCAAGAGGUCACCGACCAGUGGUACAGUGAGGUAAAGAUGUACACGUUCGGCCAGGAACCGACAUCCUCGGGUACAGGACAUUUCACUCAAGUGGUAUGGAAGGGGACCAAAGAGAUCGGAGUGGGAAAGGCAAAGACAAAGGAUAACAAGAUACUAGUCGUGGCCAACUACAGGCCAGCCGGGAACAUGUUGGGGCAGUUCCGGGAUAAUGUACUUCCGCCAAAGGACGGGAAAAUCGAGCUUCCGUCAACAGAUCGAAUACCUGUAGAACAUAAACAGGGAUCUAGUCCGUUUUCGAGUCGAUUCGAAAAUAAACAUACUCCUUCCAACAUGGCAUCUAGAGGUGGUGAAUCCCGAUCAGUCCGGACAUUCACGGAAACUUCCGGAAGUGGUGCUAACAAGGUCACAAAGACGGUUGUGGAGGAAACCAUCAUCAAAGCAGAUGGAAGCAAGACCACCAACCGGAAGGAAACCAUUACAACAGGGGACACCGGGAAAUCAGAUAUGAAGUCAAUUGAUCACCAUGACCAAAAAGACAAGGAUAAAAAAGGCGGGGCAUUUGGGGCAGACAUACCUAUCGAGGGUCUUCAUAUAAAGGAUAGUGAUGACUUCUUUAAGAAGGACAAGAAAGGGAAGAGAUCCAGCUCCAGUUCGUCAGACUCUAGUCCAGAACGGGAAAAGAAGCCACAAAAAAUCAAAGACUUCAUUGACGACGCUGUGAAAUCACACAACGAACUCAGGAAAAAACACGGCGUUCCCUCUUUAUCACACGAUAAAAAUCUGUCGAAAUAUGCCCAAAAGUGGGCGGAACAUCUGGCUGCGACUAACAGCUUUCAACACAGUGACUGUCAACACGAGGGGGAGAGACUAGGAGAAAACAUCGCGUGUAAAUGGUCCUCGGGGUCGGCGGACUACUCGGGGAAGGAUGUGACGGAGUAUUGGUACAGCGAGAUAGAAAAGCACGACUUUGGCAGUGAGCCGCGUUCAUUAGGAUCUGGUCAUUUCACCCAGGUUGUAUGGAAAGGCAGUAAAAAGAUGGGAAUCGGCAAGGCAAAGAGCUCAGGGGGAAAGGUCCUGGUUGUUGCCAGCUAUCACCCAGCCGGAAAUCUAGUCGGUUCGUUCGUAGAAAAUGUUCCACGACCGAAAAAGUGAGAAAAAGACUCGUGUAUAAUGUAAGCCAGAAUGUGUGUGUCUGGUCUUCAGAGUCAAGUUAUGGUGUUGAUGGUUGAGUGUAUGGAUACGAUUUUGUCAAGUGUUUAGCUUCAUUAUUUACACACCAUUGUUAAAAUCUAAAAUUAUAAUUAGUAUAAAUCAACCCUGACAAUACAUUGUUUUCAGUUUGAGAAACUUGAAAUACGUCUUGAGUUGUAAACUGUUUAGCUGAUAAAUCAAGAAUGAAGUAGAUGAGUACUGGAUAGUUUUCCUAACAAGACUUACAUUACAAAGGACGUUUCCUCCACUCAAAUGCACAUUGAAAGAAGAAAUCAUAUUUCACACGUGCCUCAUUAGAAUGACAGAACUCUUGUAUAAUUGUUAUCGCAAAUCCUCACUUUCAGAGUAGUCUAUGGUAUUUUGAACAAUAGUCACACAUUUCCCAGACACAAGUAAAAAUCAUAUCAACUGAGCCAUGCCUUUUUCAAUCGUAAUUCGUUAUCUCUGUGUGAAUUUGUGGAACUACAAUAGUAUUGGAGUUAUCACCCUUAUUUUAUAAUGCAAUAAUGUAAUUUAAUAUAUCACUUAUUUCAUAAAUAUCCAUGUAAAAGACUUGUGGAAUAGAGCAUCAUGUCUCAUUUAAUUUAUAUUUUCCCCCUGGCAAAAGAAACAUUCCGAAGCGUAUCCCCAUUUCUGUGAUAAGUAAGUGCUUUUUGAGUCCAAUUUCGUAAUAAAAAUGUAAUUUGUUACAGCUAUUGUCAAAUUAAUAAUGAAACACUUUUCUUUUUGUUUGUUGAAGUUUUAUUGUAAUAUAAUGCUUUGAGUUUUAAUCAGAGUUAAACAACGAGGUUAAAAUUUGAUUUCAUUUUAAAACUUGUCAAAUUAUAUUAAGCAGGAACUGUGUUUUAUGGUAUCAUUCGUCGAAUUUCAUGUUUUCUUUUCUUCUGCGAAUUUGCAUGUGAAAUGUGUUUGUUUCAAUUUAUUAUGUAUAUAAUAUCUAUACAUUAACGUACAUUGUAUAUCUUUGUUAUUGUUUAUAAAAUACCGAAACAUAUUUCUGUACCAGAACCUGUACAUCUGUAUGCAUGGUAAGAGAACAAAAUAAAAUAUUUUAUCCAAAG